AUGGCCGUGCCUCGCAGUGUCCAGGGAUCCGUUAAAGUCGCCUCACGAAGCGUAUUUUCACCAGGCAGGCUUAUAUGCCACAACUGCGAGCAGUCUUUCAAGGUCCCCAGCUACCAGAGACGCAGGAUCAGCAGUUAUGGCUACACUCAGUCGAAGGCGCUUGUCUACUCCAAGUAUGGAGAGCCGCAAGACGUCCUGUCACUCCACGGCCACUCGAUAUCACCGGCGUCUGGAACCAACGUCGUCCUCCGCAUGCUCGUCGCGCCCAUUAACCCUGCCGACGUAAACCAGAUCCAAGGAGUUUAUCCCGCGAAGCCAGAAAUGAAUACCGCUCUGGGAACAUCAGAGCCCUCUGCGGUAGCAGGAAAUGAGGGUGCCGCGGAAGUGAUAAGUGUGGGCUCUGGAGUGAAAAGCCUAAGUAAGGGAGACUGGGUCAUUAUGAAGAGCACAGGAAUGGGCACAUGGCGGACGCACAUGGCUAUCGACGAGAGCAAGCUUAUAAAGAUCGACAACAAGGAGGGCUUGACGCCGCUACAAGUCGGUACUGUGUCGGUUAACCCAUGUACGGCUUACCGCAUGCUCCUUGAUUCCGCGAAAUGGAGCUUUCGCGGGGACGAAUGGUUCAUCCAGAACGGAGCCAACAGUGGAGUCGGGAGAGCUGCGAUACAGCUCGGCAAGGAAUGGGGCUUCAAAAGCAUCAAUGUCAUUCGAGGUCGGGAGAAUAAGGAGGAAGAACAGAAGCUUCGCCAGGAGCUCUACGAUAUAGGCGCAACCAAGGUCAUCACGGAAGAGGAGCUUCAAGGGCGAGAAAUAAGAGACCAGAUCAAAGAGUGGACGAACGGUGGCCGCGAGCCCAUCCGAGUAGGGUUGAACUGCGUGGGUGGGAAGCCGGCUACAGCACUGGCGAAGUUCUUGAGCCCUGGGGCAACCAUGGUGACGUACGGCGCGAUGAGCAAGCAACCCGUCAUGUUACCAGCAUCGCUGUUGAUAUUCAAGGAGAUCAAUUUCAAUGGCUUCUGGGUGAGCAAAUGGAGCGAUCGGCAUCCCGACCAGAAGAAGCAGACCGUGGACGAUGUCCUGCGACUCACGAGGGAAGGCCGCUUCAAGGACAUACCCGUGCAGGAAUGCAAAUGGGGAUGGAAAACGGAAGUCGAUAUCUUGAAGGCAGCUGUACAGGGCACGCUAGGUGGAUUCAGACCUGGUAAGGGCGUUUUUGUGUUUGAAGAGCCAUGA